GGGCGUGGCUACGACCAAAGGGGCGGGUGCUCGGAGCCGCGGUCACGUGAGGCGGGCGGCUGAAGCCGCGCUGCGGCGGUGUCAUGGCGGCGCCGUCAGAGACCGAGCGGCUGCUGGGCCGCGGGCCCGCCUACGGGAGCACGGAGCCGCCGGCGGUGGCGGAGGAGGAGGAGCUGCGCCGCCGCCUCAAGUAUUUCUUCAUGAGCCCCUGCGAUAAGUACCGGGCCCGCGGGCGGCGGCCCGUGAAGCUGGGCCUGCAGCUGGCCAAGAUCCUGCUCGUCACCGUCCAGCUCAUCCUGUUUGGACUCAGCAACCAGAUGGUGGUGACCUUCAAGGAGGAGAACACCAUCGCCUUCAAGCACCUCUUCCUGAAGGACUACGUGGAUGGGGCUGAGGACUCCUACGCCGUCUACACCCAGCAGGACCUCUACGAGCGCAUGUUCUAUGCUGUGGAGAAGUACUUGGCCAUUCCCAACGCGACCAUCGGGCGCUAUGCCUACGUGCAUGGGGGCAACCACUCGGCCCUUCUCUUGUGCCAGCAGUACUACAAGAAGGGCCGCAUCGACCCAGCCAAUGACACCUUCAACAUCGACCCCAAGAUUAUCACAGACUGCUUGGGAGUGGACCCUGAGGACCCCCAGCCUCUUUCUCGCAGCUACAAGAACUUCACCCUCAAGUUCCACAAGCUCAUCAAUGUCACCAUCCAGUUUAAGCUGAAAGCCAUCAACAUCCAAACCAUCAUCAACAACGAGAUCCCCGACUGCUACACCUUCACCAUCACUAUCACCUUUGACAACAAGGCCCACAGUGGCCGGGUGAAAAUCCGCUUGGACAACCGGGCUGACAUCAAGGAAUGCAAAGAUCCCAGCGUCUUCGGCCGAGGUGACAACUCCUUCAGGCUCUUCUUCGAUGUCGUCGUCAUCCUCGUCUGCUCCUUGUCCUUCAUCCUGUGCGCUCGCUCCAUCAUCCGGGGCCUGCUGCUCCAGCACGAGUUCAGCCGGUUCUUCCAGCGCCGGUACAACCAGAGCGUGUGCCUCUCGGACCGCAUGGAGUUCCUCAAUGGUUGGUACAUCCUCCUGGUCAUCAGUGAUGUCCUCACCAUCAUGGGCACCAUCAUGAAGAUAGGCAUCGAGUCCAAGAACUUCGCCGGCUACGACGUCUGCAGCAUCCUGCUGGGCACCUCCACGCUGCUCGUGUGGGUCGGGGUCAUCCGGUACCUCACCUUCUUCCAGAAGUACAACAUCCUCAUUGUCACGCUCAGGGUGGCUCUUCCCAACGUCAUCCGGUUCUGCUGCUGCGUGGCCGUCAUCUACCUGGGCUACUGCUUCUGUGGCUGGAUCGUGCUGGGGCCCUACCAUGUCAAGUUCCGAUCCCUUUCCAUGGUGUCCGAGUGCCUCUUCUCCCUGCUCAACGGCGAUGACAUGUUCGUCACCUUCGCCGAGAUGCAGCAGCACAGUUACCUGGUGUGGCUCUUCAGCCAGGUCUACCUCUACACCUUCAUCAGCCUCUUCAUCUACAUGGUCCUCAGCCUCUUCAUCGCCCUCAUCACCGGCUCCUACGAGACCAUCAAGCACCAGUGCGAGGGGGAGCCCCCCGUGUCCCAGCUCCACACCUACAUUGCCCAAUGCAAGGACAGCCCCAAGUCGGGCAAGUACCGGCGCGACAGCACCGCAUCCUGCUCCAUCUUCUGCUGCUGUGAGCGGGCUCCUCUGCAAGACAACGCGCUGCUGGUGAACUGAGGCAGGACCCAUGGGGACACCAUGGGGACGAUGUCCCUUUGCCCCCCUCUGCUUUUAAGGUCUUUUAUAGCUGCUUUUAGCACCCUAAAGCAGGGACCGAGAUGGAGGGCACACGGAAUGGAUGCUGAUGGCCCCGUUAUUCCCCAUGGAUUUUGAG